AUGAAAGACUUUGCUAUCUUAUUUGCCAUUCUAGGCUUCUGCAUUCAACAUGCCAGUGCAGCUGUUAUUCGGGCUCCAGCACAUACCAGUAGCAUUGAACUUACAUCCAACUCUUUUCCGAUCAAGAAAAGCGCGACACAUAUCUUCGAUGAAAGCGAUUAUUUAACCCCAACAGAAGGACACACAGAGGACGAAUCUUUUUCAGACCUUGCACUAAGAGCCGAUGUGGAACCAAAUAAAUCACACACAGAACCAUUGUCAAAACAAUUACUAGCCGUAGUCAAGUGUAUGUUCGAGGCCCUCCCAGGACUGACGUUUAUCUCUGAGAGGGAGGUGGCCCAAAGCUCGGUAGUACAAGACCCCACCGGUUAUUAUAGAGUGUGCUAG